GUUAGUGUCAGGACACCCCGGGACUAGCGUGCUGAGCCGGAGCUAGUAAUGCCCUCGCCUUCCUUCAUCUGUUCUCAGCUGUAUUAUUAUUUUUAUUCAUCUCUAGAACAUGGACUUCCCGUGCCUCUGGCUAGGGCUGCUGCUGCCUUUGGUAGCUGCGCUGGAUUUCAACUACCACCACCAGGAAGGGAUGGAAGAGUUUUUGAAGACCGUUGCCCAAAGCUACAGUUCUAUCACUCACUUACACAGUAUUGGGAGAUCUGUGGAAGAAACCUGUGGGUUCUUGUUGUGGGGCGAUUUCCAAAGGCACACAGAGUUGGGAUUCCGGAGUUCAAAUACGUGGCAAAUAUGCAUGGAGAUGAGACUGUCGGGCGGGAACUGCUGCUGCAUCUGAUCGACUAUCUCGUGACCAGUGACGGAAAAGACCCUGAAAUCACAAAUCUGAUCGACAGUACCCGGAUCCACAUCAUGCCUUCCAUGAACCCAGAUGGAUUCGAAGCUGUCAAAAAGCCUGACUGUUAUUACAGUAAUGGAAGGGAAAAUUAUAACAACUAUGACCUGAAUAGAAAUUUCCCCGAUGCUUUUGAAUUUAAUAAUGUCUCAAGGCAGCCUGAAACUGUGGCCGUCAUGAAGUGGCUGAAAACGGAGACAUUUGUCCUCUCUGCAAACCUGCACGGCGGUGCCCUCGUGGCCAGUUACCCGUUUGAUAACGGUGUUGAAGCCACUGGGGCAUUAUUCUCCCGAAGCUUAACUCCUGAUGAUGAUGUUUUUCAAUACCUCGCAUAUACCUACGCCUCAAGAAACAUCAACAUGAAAAAAGGAGAUCAGUGUAAAAAUAAAAUGAACUUUCCUAAUGGUGUUAUAAAUGGAUACUUUUGGUAUCCACUCCAAGGUGGAAUGCAAGAUUACAACUACGUCUGGGCCCAGUGUUUUGAAAUCACAUUGGAGCUGUCAUGCUGCAAAUACCCUCGUGAGGAGAAGCUUCCAUCUUUUUGGAAUAGUAACAAAGCCUCACUCAUUGAAUAUAUGAAACAGGUGCACCUAGGUGUAAAGGGUCAAGUUUUUGAUCAGAAUGGAAAUCCUUUGCCCAAUGUAAUUGUAGAAGUCCAAGACAGAAAACAUAUCUGCCCCUAUAGAACCAACAAAUUUGGAGAGUAUUAUCUCCUUCUCUUGCCUGGGUCCUAUAUAAUAAAUGUUACAGUUCCUGGACAUGAUCCACACCUCACAAAGGUGGUUAUUCCAGAGAAAUCCCAGAACUUCAGUGCUCUUAAAAAGGAUAUUCAACUUCCAUUCCAAGGGCAAUUGGAUUCUAUCCAAGUAUCAAAUCUUUCAUGCCCAAUGAUUCCUCUAUACAGAAAUUUGCCAAGCCACUCAGUGGCAACAAAGCCUAGUUUGUUCUUAUUUUUAGUGACUCUUUUGCACAUAUUUUUCAAAUAAAGUAAAAUGUGAAACUCAACCCCGUCACCUCCUGGAAUCAGGGAUUACUCACGCCAGGUUACUGCAGCCCUAACUCCCUCUAGUGGGACCUCCGCUGGAUAAACUCCGUGGUCUCCCCGAAGAAGAGAAAUGGAUGUUUCCAAAUCCUGCAAUACAUGACACGUGGUGAUAAUGAAAGGAAUGAUUCAGUCUUGAUGAUGAACGGAAGAUACCUACCUAGCAAGUACUGCUUAUUUACACUUAAUCUUGAAGUACCUUCGAAUUUUUAAGAAGUUAAACCUGAGAAUCAAAAACGAAGUUCCUGCAAGGAAAAAAUGAGCUAAUUUUGUAUACAGAGAGCCAGAUGAAUAUAAGCAAUAAAGAUGAACAUUUAUUGAUCACCUACUAUGUACAGGACCUUGCCAUGCAUGCUGCAUGUGGAGAGAUAGUAAGUAAGUGCCAUAUAUGAUUAGUUCUCCGCAAGGGGAGAAAUGAUCAUAGGACUGGGAAUAGUUGUGUAAAUGUUCUGAUAGAAAAUAGGAAACCCUGUCUCGGUGGCCCAAGAAAAUAAGCGCCUGAUGGGAUGUGUCUGCAGAGUCCCAAAGCAACAGGUCAAUCAAGUCAGUCUCUCUCCCUCCAGAGCCCCGACCCUGCCUGUCUGCACCUGGCUGCCACAGUCCUCUGUUACGCUGACGACCGCCACAGGUGUAACUCAUGUUACACGCCCACGGGUGCCCUCAUGUCUCCCCUGCGCCGCUGCAACAGGUUUCUCGGCCUCUUGCUCCUAAGCCUUCACCUCUUCAAGUCCAUCCUCCACCCAGCCCUGGGGAAGGGGUGCAGCAAAAAUCAGCAACUGCUUGUAUUAAUAGUUCAUCAACAAAUAACAUGCUGUUUGUGUCCCCUGUAUCUGGAAUGCCAUCCUGACUCACUACAUUUCCUUUUUCAUGCCUUUUAACACUCAGUGCUGGAAUCAACUCCACUAGGAGGCCGUGGCCGACCAUUGUCCCAUUCAAUUCCAUUCCACUCCUCCCCGGCAUUGUGGAGUUAGGGGCCCUUUCUCUUUGCUCCCCACAGUAAACUGGUUAUCGCUAUUAUUGGAUUUACAACCCUGUGCUGUGAUCUUCUACUUCCAUGUGUGCCUUCUCUAGUAGAGCAUGAGCCCUUUAAGGCCAAGAGCUGUUAAUUUGUUUGAAAAAUUUCAUUUUUAUAUCCUCAGAACCUAGAACAUAGUAGGUACUGAAUGAAUGAAUGAACAAAGGGUUCCCGAAACCUGUUACUCCUAGUCCCUACCAGAAACUGUCUAGGGCUUUGAGUCAUUUUAUGAAACUAGGCCUUAUGCUUUGGCAAUCUUCAGCUCGUUAGUAACACUGACAGAAGAGUGUUUUCAUGUACGUAAUCAAGAAAAAGUUCCACAUACAUUGCUUUUACUCGACCUUGAAUUUAUCCUAAGGUUGGUGGUAAAGGUAUUAUGUUACCUAUUAACAGCACUACAAACUACCUUUUUUUUUUUAAUCAGAAAACAAAAGUUUUGCCAUUAGUACUCAAUUUGAAGUACUAAGAGUUUUCAAGUUCUCCGCUAUGAGAGUUACCCUAUCUUAAAACAUUACAUGUAAGAAAUAAGGUCAGGGUGGGGUAGUCAUUAAACAGAAAAAAACAAUAGCAACUCCAGCUGGCAGAUUUCUAAGUGCUGUGUAUCACUCACGGAAAGUGAAUUGCCUUGGUUCUUACUUUAAAUGGAAAGUUCAAAGGAUCCAGAAAUAAAACCAUACUGGGCUUGUACGUGGUGAGUGCUUGAGAACCAUAAAGGAAUGAGUAAAAAUAUAGGCAUUUAGGAGGCCUUUCUGUGCCAAGCUUAUUCUACAUGUAAAAAAUCAUACAUGUUAAUAUAAACAGAAUUUGUAGUCUUUUUUUAAACCACUUAUAAAAUCUGGUAAUAACCUGAAUAUCUUGAUCAUUUUUAUUUAAAUAAGCAGUACUUUAGUGUAGAUUUGAAAGUAUGUAUUAAUAUUAAUAUAAUAUUGCAGAAAAUGAUUUUGGUAUGUUACAAAUGAAAGCAUAUAAAACUAAACUUGAUUUGCCAUCAUCCCCCAAACAAUUUUUUCAACUGGGCAUGCUAACUUUUCCUUUAGGAUAGCAGUUUUUGAAGGGACAGGAACUAAAAUCUGAAUUGGUUCAUGAGCCUGAAUGUAAAUUUCUUAUUGAAAUAAUGUUUUUAAAAUCAGGCAUUUGUAUCAGAAUCAAACUUAAAAUCAUUUAAAGACUAAACAAAACACAACCAUAGCAUUCUGACUGUGGUCAGACCGGGUCCCCAAACCUCCCUGCCUACCACCUUUCCUACUGCUGCCCACCCUCUGAGACUGGUGGUCAUAUGCUCCUGGGGCUCCAAGUUUGGGCAUAGUUCCUUUUAGAAAGACACCAACAUAAUAAAAGUUUUCAAAUGAUAAUUAGAAGGCAGGAGCCCUAGGUUCUGAUCCACCACACAUUCAGUUUCCUUGUCUGUAAAAUGAAGAUCCCUGCUCAUCAGUGAUUCUGUAACUGUUAGAAACAGUGGUAGGAUCUGUCACAUUUUUGGUACCAUUUUUGGUGCUUGUCCCAGUGGAGGGACGAUAGUUAACACUCAGGUUGAUAAAUGUUUGGAAGGUAGUAUAAUACACCUUAUUAAAGACCAAAUCGGUUGCCUCAGAUAUAAACAGAAUUGACCUGAAAACUGAAACAAUGGUUAGCUAGAACGAUCAUCUAAUAUUUAAGGAAAUUUUCAUAAAGUAUUAUAGCUUUUUCUCAUGUACCUGUUCAAAUUUUGGUAAAUGUUAACAUGAAUGAAUAUAAAUAGUGGGGAAUAUUUUAGAAAAAUGUUAAGUCCCUGCAGGCAAGUGUCAGUGUUGAUUUUGGUGCUUAUCACAUUCGGACUUGAACUAUUGGAUGUAUCAGAAAUGAUAAAAGCCUCUUCUCAACAUUUUUGAAAGUCCUUCUAAGAAAUCAAUGUUGUGUUUUGUUCGAAAAGCAAAUUUGUCUUUGUGAUCUGUUUCUAAAAAUGGUAUGGGUUAGCGCUAUGUUUAGAAAGUAAAAAUGUCUGGUACUGGGUUGGAAAUAUAUUUUCCUAGGAAAUCCAGAAAAAAUAAGCAUAGCACAUUGUCUUAUUACAACAGGAUAAGUUGCUUAUUGAGAAGUUUGGUUGUUUUACUCUAUAUGAUAAUAAUACAGUUGAUGUUUAUUUUAUGACAGAUACUUUAUAUUUUCCUCAUGACUUUAGAUGGGAAAAGGGGAGAAAAUAAUGAUGACCAGGUUGGCUAAGGAGCACCAAAUGUUGACAAUACUGUACCUAAAAUAGAAGUUUGGGUUUGUUACAGACUUUAUGUUAUGCCAACUAAUAAGCAGAUAUUAUACUUGUAUUGCUCACAGACCAUUUUAUCAUAUGAACUACUUUAGCAUAUGAACUACUCCACAGCCUUUUAUAGAUGUUUCAUAGCUGAUUUUACAAGUUUUCUCGGUGACUUUCUUUUGUACUAUAAUUAAGAAUUUAUUAAAAUGCACAAGUUGGCAAAGACUGUAAAGUUUAUUGGGGAGGGGCCACAACUACCUCUUAGUUUAGUAAAUUUAGAAUAUUUCUGAUUCUUAAUAAAGAACUAAUUAUUCAUAAAAUAA